ACUAUUAUGUUCCUUAUGUUUUAAGACUUGUGUUUGCUUUAGGGCCUACAAACACACAAACUAAUACUCACUGUCUGUCUGGCUGUUUGUUCUGCAGAAGAUCGAGUCUGGUCAUCACCACCAAACUCUACUGGGGAGGAAAAGCCGAGACGGAGAGGGGCCUCUCCAGAAAACACAUUGUGGAGGGUCUGAAGGGAUCCCUGCAGCGUCUGCAGCUGGAGUAUGUGGAUGUUGUCUUUGCCAACCGCCCUGACGGCAACACGCCCAUGGAAGAAAUUGUGAGAGCCAUGACCCAUGUGAUAAACCAGGGAAUGUCCAUGUACUGGGGCACCUCAAGAUGGAGUGCCAUGGAGAUUAUGGAGGCAUACUCAGUAGCUAGGCAGUUCAACCAAAUCCCCCCAGUGUGCGAGCAGGCAGAGUAUCACUUCUUCCAAAGGGACAAGGUGGAGACGCAACUACCCGAGCUCUACCACAAGAUCGGUGUGGGUGUGGUUUCCUGGUCUCCUCUGGCCUGUGGAAUUAUCACAGGGAAGUAUGAGAAUGGGGUUCCGGAAUCCUCCAGAGCAUCCAUGAAGUCGUACCAGUGGCUGAAUGAUAAAAUCCUGAGCGAGGAUGGGAGGAAACAGCAGGCCAAGCUGAAGGAGCUGGGGCACAUCGCCGAGAAGCUAGGCUGCACCCUGCCUCAGCUAGCUGUUGCCUGGUGCCUACGCAAUGAAGGAGUGAGCUCAGUUCUUCUGGGAACAUCCAACCCUGCACAGCUAACAGAAAACCUGGGGGCAAUUGGGGUCCUGACAAAGAUCACCACAAACAUAGCCUCUGAUGUCGACCACAUUCUCGGAAACAAACCCCACAGCAAGAAGGACUACCAUCACUCGGGGUAGACACCCUCGGAUAGGGUGCAGGGAAGCUGCUAGGCCAGGCUGGCUACCGUGACUCUGCUCCUGUGUGUGUGUGUGUGUGUGUAUGCGCAUAAGUGUGUGUGCGUGUGUGUGUGUAUGUGUCCUGCUGCUCUCCGCGUCCAGAACUGCAGUUGCCUCCGAGAACAGAUCCGGCCCCAAUCUGGCUCAAGACUGGCAGAAUGCAAGCCACGUCAGGGCCAGAACUGUUACAGAGCCAGCUGCUGUCAGUUGUGGUGCUCAGCUGUGUUAACAGAGCUCCUCUAAAAUGCUAUGCAUGCUUCUGGUAGACCAAACAUCCUAUCCUCUCAGACUCUGAACUAAUGACUGUAAAAAAAACAUGGACAGCAUGGUGUCAUGCACGUACAUUCUGAAGAAAUUAAGCCAAAAUUGGUCGGUCAUUUUGGCAAAAUUGGAGCCUUAGUGUGUGUGUGCUUUUUGGAGCCAGAGCAUGCGUAGUAAACAAAGAAAUCAGCCAGGUCCGCCCAGAAUUAACCAUAUUUGGGUAAAUCUCUCGCCAUUUUUUAAUUCCCUCCAGUGGCUUCGCUUUUGACUGAGCGUAUGCUGUCCAUUGUUUUUACGGUCAUUGCUCUGAACAUCAAGCUAGUAACAAGUACGUACACAUGUUGCAACAUCACAUUCAGGGUUUCCAACUUUCAGGGCUGUUUGGUGUUUGACAGAGUGGGCCCUCUGAAUUCUCAGCAUGAGUGGAGGCAUGACGAGUGGAGAAAUUGCUUGAAAAUGUAAAUCUUGCGUCAAAACCCGUGCUAGUUGGCAACUCUGAUAACCGUAUUUUACUCAGAUGUGCCGUUUACUGUCUGUCAUCCAUAAUAGCCAAAGUGAACCCUCUCUCUGGAACUAUGGACUCUUUCCAUUUCUCUUAAAUAAAGAAAGCACUCCUUAGCAGCUGUGAAUUUUGGAGAAAAAAGAUUGACAUAUUGUCUGAGUUGUUUACAAAUAAAUGGCAAAAACAAGACAAUUCCCUCCUUAGAGAACUAGUCUUAUUCAAUGCCAUCACUACCAAAUUCCCUUGACUCCAUUACUGUUAAGUGUCAAGUCUUUUCCUGAGACUGUAUGCUCUGCGCUGUCUUUAUGAAACCGGUUCAGUUUGCUGAGAAUUAGCUAAGAAUGACUAUGAUGUCAUGUUAGCUUUUCUGCACUUCUGAACCUAAUCGCAAAGCACAAAAUCUUUUGAUCCUGAAGGUCAAAGGAUCAAGUACCUGUGCAUGUGUUUUGCUUGGAGGCUUUGCCUCCACUGCAUAAAUUGCUAUAUUGUUUACAAUACUGUAAAAUGGUAUUACGAUGAUGACAGUAUGUAGUGAUCUGUGUCAUUUGUUUUUAACAAUAAAAACAAAUUUUCCUCGA